AUGAUAGAUGAACCUUAUUAUUGUUCUCAGCAAAUUAAGAUUCCACCCGACUUGCCAGAUGUUCUCAAGCAAUUUACAAAAGCCGCCAUUAGAACGCAGCCGCAAGAUGUCCUCGCUUGGUCUGCAGCUUACUUUUCAGCAAUGGCAAAUGGGGAGAUCCCACCAGUAAAAGAUCGCUUGGAAAUGCCAUCUGCUUCUUUAAAAACAGACACAGGCUUGACGAAAGGUCUUUUGAAAGUACUGAAUAGACAGCUUGGACCUAAAAAAGUUGUACCUAUCUCAAUGAUUGAAAAUAAAUGGUUAGAUUUGACAAUGCCAAAAGAGUUGUUUGAUGAUUUGGUGAGAAUUGGUAAUUUCACUGGUUAUGUUCAAUGGAGUGAAUUUUUAGCUUUGGCUGCAUCAAGUAUUGCAUCAGAUAUAACUGGUGCAAUGAGAAAUAUUUGUGAAAUUGUGACUCAUGAUGCUGAAGGAGGUGCCUCCAAAAUCCCAUUUAUACUUUUUAAAAACCUUUACAAGUACCUGGCUAACAUAGAUGGAGACAUCAGCACUGAGGACAUGAAUGCUGUUGAGGAGUACUUGCAACAAUACAGUAAAAAGCAAGAUGGUUAUAUAAUGCCGAGAAAUUUUGAAAACGAGUUGUGUCCGAACCUUGCUGGAUCAAGAAAGAAAUAA